AAUGCAUUAUUGAUAAUCACAAUUAUAGUAAGACACAUGCGCGGUGCGCGGAGGAUCGGGCAAGCGGGAGGAGGCGGGAGAGGGAGGGGAAGCGCCAGGAGGAGGAGGAGGAGGAGGAGGAGAAGGAGGGGGGCCAGGCUCGAUUUCCGUAAUUUUGAGAAGAUUUUUUUUUAGUAAUUUUUUAUUCUGCCCCAGCUGAUGUUUGCGCCAGCAUGUCGCGGAGGAAACAGGCGAAGCCGCAGCACUUCCAAACCGACCCCGAGCUGGCCUCGAGAUCUCAGCGCAAUGGUGAGCUUUUUUUUUUAAAGGGGGGUGAGCAGUUGCGUCCUGUUGGGGUGGCUUUUUUUUUAAGGGAGGGGGGACCUUUUUUUAAGAAAAAAAAAGGAAGAAAUCGCUCUCGCUCGCUCUGUCCUGCGCGCGAUUUCCCUCACUUCCGACCCAUAGAACACUGAUAUAUGUCUAUCUCUUUCUUGUUAAAGCGAGUAUGGAUCCCCCCACAAACAAUCGGAACAAACUUACCUUCGGGGUUAGAGACGGUGGAGGGAUGAGAGAGAGAGAGAGAGAGAGGCAGAAAGAGAGAGUGAGAGAGAGACUUUGGAAGCAAGAGCGUGAAGUUGAUCAGCUGGAGUUGUGACUUCUUGCGGAUGGUUCGAGUCCUGGGUGGUUUCCUUCCUCCUCUCUUCCCGCCCCCCUCCUCAAGCCCCGUCGCUGCCCUCUGUGGAUCUUUCCCUCGCUGGAUCGUUUUCGAUCUGGCAAGCGGAGACCGGAUCUCUCUCAAUUAGCCGCACCGCCCCCCUUCCCUGAACACGCACGCUGCCACUCGCACGUUGAUCGGGAGCGGAGUUGGGGAUUUCUCUUUCCCCACCUCCCCUUUGGGGAAAGAUGCGCAAGUCCUUGACGGCCCCCUUCUCUUUCAAGGGGUGCAUCUCUGGGGGCCUGAAUCUUAAAAUAAAACAUCGUUUAUCCAAAGAUCUCUCCCCCCCCCCCAUUUUUUAUGGAGUCUCUUUUCGGCUUCCCUUCCCAGCCUUGCCUGAGAGAGCUGCCCUGGAAUAGUGCAACUUUCCCCCCUCCUCUCUCCAACGUGAAUUUUAGAGGAAGUUAAAAAGGGUUUUUUGUUUUUUUUUUAAUCCCACGUUUUCCAACAGCAGGGGUAGGUGGGGGGUUGGCAGCGCCUCCUUCGCUCCCGGCUGGCCCUGAUGGGUGAGUGAGAGCGAGAUCUCCUUUUCCUGGCACCCGGCGCGAUGCACUCCUUCCUCUUUCGUUUCCUUCAUCCCCCUCUCCUCCUCGGCGUGUCCAGCUGGCCGGCUCAGCUUCUGCUCCGCCGGGCUCCACUCUCGCGUUGAAUUUUCUUAUCGUCGCGGCGGAUCUGUGUUCGAGUUUGUCCCUUUCGGCUAUGAUUGCCUUUGGGGGGGGUGUAUGCCGAAGGUUCUUCGGCGCGCACGGGAGACUUUGGCGAUCGUGGGAAAUUUCCAUUUAAAGUGGUGUGCGCGCGCGCGUAUCUCGGUAUGUGGCGGCCUGCCUUUUAAUGCCUUUGGUAUUGAUAAUGCGGGGGGGGGGGGUAGAAAGGGGCCCCCUUUUUUACCUGUGCCUGUGAAAACCGGGUGAGUUUCUGAAUUUGGGGAAGGGGGCGGCGAAGCCCGCGAAGAGGCCUGUCGCUGCGUGCAUGGAUCAUCAGCAGAAAGUGGGGGCUUGUUGUGGAAAAGCCCCGAAUCCAAAGGAAAGUUUUCUUUUCGAUGCCAGGCUUGUCAGUGUCUCCUGCGGGCAGAGGAGGAGGGCACAGCAACGUGUCUCUUGCUCCAAAGUUGUUUUGUGGGGUUUUUUUUUGGGGGGGGUGGCAGAGGCGUUUGGGGGUGCGCUAUGCUCGGAUCGUCAGCAGGAGAUGCAAAGUUCUCCGUUUGUUUUUAGCAGAGGAAAGUGAGGGGCGAGAAGGCACUGGAGCAAACCUAAGAACAGAGAGCGUCCCUGCGCGACCCUCCGUUCCUCCUCCGCCGAAGAAGCAAUGGAAGGUGGCCAGGAUCGUUAGGGGAGGAUGGCAAGAGAGAGGAGGAUGUUUGUGGACGGAGUACUUUUCCCAAGGAGGCUUACUCGGGAGUAAACCUUUCUUGAGUUCACGGCACUUGUAGAAGUGCGAAUUGGAUUGUGGUAACUCUUAUUUCGUGCGUGUGUGUUUUGGAAAAAUCUUUUUCAUCUCCUUCAGUUUCUAUACACAACAGAUAAUGCGCGUGAGUUUGUCAGCGGAUUCAAUGUCCGCAUGUAAAGUAUGCAAAAUGCGUGGUUGCUUUACACUUUUUUCCGUGGGGAGGGGGGUUGAGAGAGGCUGUAAAAAGAGAGAAAUUGGUGGUGGUGGAGGAUGGCCUGCUCUGCCCAGCUCUUUUUUAAGACGUGCAGUUAGGGUGGUACUUCCAAGGACAGUGGGCAGCCUGAUAAAAGCUGACUCUAAAAAUCUUCACAGAAGGAUGGUGACCAUGUUGUGUUUCCAAUAAUACAGAUUGUAUAGAAAGAAUAUAUAUAUAUAGUGUGGGAGCUCUUCAAUUUGAUUAUUAUUAUUUUUUUGCAAGGAAACAGUCCUAAUCCUCCUUUUUAACAACUCUUCCUGCCCUCCCCCUCUUGCCUUCACACACAUAUACAAACACCCUGCACGUUUCCAGAGCAAAUUUCUCUCUGUCUUAAGGGAUUUGGCCAGGGGGGUGAUCUGCAAGAGUCUGUGUGGAGUGAGUCACCAAUAGAAGCUGUGCCUCUCCCACAGUCCCAUUUAAACCCCCAGCUUAGUCAUUAAAAGUAGCAGUCAACAGACAAGCCCCCUCUAGCCCCCGAACCUUUCAGCAUCACCCAGAUCAGGGCAGCCAGUGCGAAAGGCAUGGAAGUUCUUUCAUUUGUCCUUUUCAUGCCAGCUUUAUGCCACCACCCCACUUUUUUUCUUUCUUUUUUAGUAUUUCUCCCCGUUUCCAUCAGCUACCAUAUCCUCAUCCCUCAUUCUCCCCCCCCCCCUUUUGUACUGAAGAAACCUUAGAAAAGUUCGGCAACAAAUUGUGCCUAAGGAACUGCAAGCAAGUUUCUAUUUCCCUGGAAAGAAAGUGUCCCUUGGUGGUUUUAUUAUAAGGCAACUUUUUGGCAACUUAAAAAAAACAAAAACAAAAAUUCAUGUCCUAUCCUUUCUCAAAUUCUUGACAUGCGUUGGAAUUCUUGUAAGAAAACUUCUUGACCUUCUUCUUUUGACUUUGCAUGAGUUGUUGUCCCUUCAGUUUAUUAUCUAAACUCUCUGCUCAGAAAUUGGUCCGGCACAUAUAUUUUGCAACUUCAUUUUUCUGCCACCAACUCCAGAUUGAAAUUUCAAGAAUAUUCUGUAGAUCGCUCCUUCUUCUUUUUAUCUUUAUUUCUCUACAAUAGCUCUAAAAGAAGAACUUUGUGGUCUUCAAGCUGGGAUAGGAAUAAGCAAAUUUAUUAUCUUUACCUUGUUGGGUGCAAGAGAGGGGACUGCUCCCCCCCCCCACAAAAAUAAAAAAUUCUACUACUCUUUGAUAGGUCAAGGCAUCUUCGAUUUGUGAAGACCUAGCUAGCUACAUUUCUCCACCCUCUAUAUUUUAGUCUCUGGAUUCGUUUUCUUUGUACGCCUCUUCCAAAACCACCCUGCUGCAGAGUUAGGGAGGAAAUUCAUCUAAGGGAGUUUUCAUGCCUGUUGCUAACUUGAUGUGCUUAAAAUAACUAGAUUUCAUCAAAGCACAAUGAUACGAAGACAAUACUGGUCCAGCUCUUUUUAGUCACUAGCUCACUUGUAUUAACUAUAUAAUGCAAGCCUGUUUUUCUCAACCCCCCUUUUUUUCUAGUUCAUUGUUCUUCGGGAAAGCAUUUGUAAGAGUUAGCAUUUCUAACAGCUAUCUUAGUCUUUCUUCUUCUCCCCCCUCCCCUUCCUUACUGGUAAUAGAUUUAGGUUAUGGCUCCCUUUACAUGCUUGGACAAUAAGUUUGACUAAGUUGCCUGGAGGCUAUAUUUUGUAAUAGUGUUAACAGGAUUGAGUGUUGUAAUAAUAUUGGUAUACAAUGGUGCUGCUAAAGCCUUCAAUAUGGACAGUUUCCUUCACUAUAUGACCUAUAUUUUGAUGCCCUAAAAUUGUACACAGCCUUUCAUAUAUAUAUAUAUAUAUAUAUAUAUAUAUAUAUAUAUAUAUGCAUGCACGCACAGACACACAUACACUCUUAUCAAGCUGAGAUUAGGCAGGGUAAUUAAAAGCUCAGGAAAGCACGGUGUUUUCUAUCACUGUUAAUCUAGACAUAAUUGCUGUGAAAACAAAUUAUAUAUCUUACAAAUAAAAUGUCAUAGAAUUGCCCAUUUAGAGCUGGUUUCAUUUUCUGGUUAUUUCCGCACCCCCCUCUAGUAAUCUGUUUUAGAAUUCAGAUCUCAGAAAUUUCUCGACCUGCAGCUGUCUUCUCUUAUUUAUUUAAAGAAACACUUGCCCUUCUGUGGCCUAGUUUUUAUCCAUCUUUUCUUGAGAAUUUUAUACAGGUACCUUUUCUGACGCUUUGCUAUUAAAACUUCUGCUGGCCUUUUCUCAUUCUUUUCAUUUGUGCUGCUGAAAAAAUUAGGAACGGUUUUGGUGCUGUUGGGCGAAAAAAAAUUCCCUAACAGUGGAAACGGUAGAGCAAACAUCUGGAGUUCCAGACAUAAAUUGUAUUCAACAAGUCAUUGGCUGCUGUUGGGGAAAAUAUACAGCUGAAGAGUUGCUUCUUGAAAUUUAGGGUUCUAAUAUUAUCCUCAUUUACCUGAGACUAAGCCUUUUUCAGAUUCAGUUUAGCUUGUUUUUGAGGAGACAUGUGUGGGAUUGCACUGCUGUCUAAGGUUUCUAGAAUACUUGUUACAUUUAGAGUUGGCUGUAUAUCCCCCCCCCCUUAAGCUUUUUUUUUAAAAGAGGGUAAUGGCCUAAUCUUAACACAGAAGCAGUAUUUCUGGAGCAGAGUUAUUCAGUCCAUUGCAAAGACUGGGGCAGAAGGAUAAUCCAGAGGAUACAAGGUGCUAACAGUUCCCUUUGGGCAUGGGAAACACAAACUCUGGGAUUCAUAGUGAACUAUUAACCUACCCUGACUAUCUACACAUUUGACAUAAUUAUCCAAGUUAUAAUUAAUUACAUUUUCAAUUAACACCAUUGGAAAUCAGGCUUGCUGAACAAUGGUGUCUCUGUCUCUCUCCCCCCCCCCUUUAUUACAGGAUAAGGCAUUUCUUUUCAAAUUUCUUGGACAAUUGUGUAUGUACUUACAUUUUAACAAAAUAGAAUAUUUGAGACGAGUUCAACACAGGCAGGAAUGCUAAGAAUAAUUCAUGAACGGCCCUCAAUACUUUGAUUCAGAAGUAACUCUUGUUUUAAAUGAAUGGCAAUUGCUUUUGUACAGAUGUGUUAAAGUUGCAGUUAUACAAUCAGUGUGAAACAAUUUUGAGAGUCUGGGGUUGGGUUCGCGAAAUAUCGUCCUUUGCCCCUUUCCGAGCUGCAUGUUUUGCGUCCUCAGAAACCUCAUUUAACUUUUGUGCAAUCACUUCCAAAAGUAGCUGUUUCAAUAGAUUUUCCUUUCCUUUUCUCCCCGAUUGACUCCUGAUAAAGAUCCUUUCCAGAAGGGUGGACUUCUUAGGUCUAGAAACAUCCUUUUUGUUGAUCACUGUGGCAAAUCGUAUCAGCUGGAGAAGGGAGGGGAGAGAUGCAAUAAAUUGAUAACAAGCUGGUGGAGAGUGAUUGUGGGAAGAAACUUCCAGAGAACCGCUGGUAAAGGCAACCUGAGAGAGGGCCCCAGUCAAUGCCUCUUCUACCUUUUCCAAAAGUGGAUAGUGAUAUCUCAGAUAUAUAUAUUUUUUGGUCCUUUUUCUGGGGGGUGGGGGAGCCAAAAAGCCAGACUUGUCUCCCAGCAGUGGCUUUGCUCAGAGGGCUAUUAGUUGGGGAUGUUUGGCCAAUCCGUGCUAGGGGGAAACCUCAAAGUGUUUGGAUGUUUUAACCUUUGCCAGCCUCCUUCCAGUCAAAGGUGACAAAGUUCAGAUCACAAUAUGCAGUUCAAUAUCUUGCCGGUGACCCCCAAAUAGAGUCUUACCAGGCGCUUAGCAGGAAGCUGCUAGUUUAUUUUAGCUUCACCUUAUCAGCCUCGCUGCUUUUGCUAACUCUUAUUCCCUUGUCACCCCCUUGGACGCCAGACCCCCAAAGAGGGGAUUGACAGCCAGUUGCCACAGCGCCUUUGCCUCCCCCCCCCCACUCCAAACAACAGGGAUUUGGUUUCUUGUUCCUUUGCCAAUGUUUGCAUAGCCAAAGUUUAGAUAUUGCUUCUCUCUCUCCCCCACCUCUCUUUCCCCUUCUCUUUGGUUUCUCACUGGAACAAUGAAACUGCUCUCAACUUUUUGGGAGAAACUGUUGCAGCAGGAACCCCACCUAGUGUUCGUUUUGAUUCAACCGUAGGAAAGAGUUCUUUUAUUUUAAGUAGCUACGUAGGUAGGUCCGUCUCCCGGCUUUUAAAAAUAGAAAUGCUCUUAAACAGUGCAAAUCAAUUAACAGUUGGGUUAAUUGAAAGGCGCGUCUGUGUAUUUGAUCUCGGGUGGAAGAAUCCUUUUCUGAGGGGUUUCAAAGGGAUGGUAGCAAUAGUUGUUUGCUAGUUGUUGUAGGGAAGGAUGGAAACUGUUGGGGAGAGAGGGUAUGUAUUCUUAAUAUAUUGCCCCUAUAAUGCCUCUACUAAUGUUUGAAUAUAAAUACAGCUGUGAUUCCCCCCCAAAGUUCAUUUUUAAAUUACAUAUGAGAAGGAAGAGACUACAUUUGACCUUGAUUUGCAUAUGUGUAUCCUAACUUAUCUAUAAACUUUAUUCUUGUAAUGGAAAUAUCAAUGUGAAGUUGUUCUGUGAAUGUUGAGAAAUGCAUUCCAAAGAAUAUUUAUUCAUAAAGUGGAAAGGCCUUGUUCAAUCUCAUUGCUUUGCAGAUAGACACUUAGAGCGAAAGGGAUUGCCUCUCUCCCAAGAUUUGUGGAAGAUGACUGAAUGUUUGAAUUUUUCUUCUGAAGUUUUUGCCUCAAAGCAGUUCAAAAUUUCUCCCUUUGGAGAAAGCAAUCAAGUUGGCAUGAAUAGUUAAGGUUAGCAGCAGAAUUCUUGCAGUUUUUGUAGGAACCUAUUGACCCUGCUCUUGACUGGUGGAUGUAGGCCUUGGAAAGCAAAGUUCCCUGGGUGGCAUUUUUCCUUUUCUGUUUUAAAAAAUAGGCGUCUGCUGUUGAAACUUCAUUUUCUUAUAAAUACAUCUUGAUAUAAAUACAUCUCUUUGAAUUUUUCAUUUCAAAAGUGCUGCCUGCAGAUAUAUUAUCAUGCUUCUUUUUAACAAGAUCUAUAAAAGAUUAAAUCUUUCUGUCAGGUGAUAGGCACAGUUGCUUUGGUUCAUCAUGUCGCCAAUUACUCUGAUUAAAAAGCCGUUAAAGAAACACUGCCUUAAUUUUUGUUUCAUUUCGGGGUUUUGUUUUUUUGAAAAAAAAUAUGACUUUAAAUUAGUGGAAGCUGCUUUAAGCUGUAAUGUAUUUCAGUUUCUGAAAUUUCUAAGCAUGUUUUUAAUGAACCUGAGAAGCAAUUGUGAAUUUAGGUUAUUCCUGAUUAGCAUGUGAGCAUUUUCCCCUGUGUGUGCCAAACAGUGGUAAGAGGAGACAAUGCCAGUGUCAGUUUUACAAUAUUUAGCAUGCACAUAUCAAAUUUGUUGAGGAAAAAAUAAUCACUAGGUAUUAACGCUGGGGAAAUAAAGUUUCCUUAGCGUACGUCUUUUGGUACAGGUUUUGUGAGAAAAUCUCAUAGUUUUGUUUCUUCUUAACUGGCCCUUAUGAGUGCAGUAUAAUAUUACUUUAUUUUUUUAAAAAGCGAUGGGUACUUUAAAUCCUGUAACUGGAACGUGUUGUGCUGAGCAUUGCAACUUAAGGUAGCGAAAGAAUAGCGAGCGCUGCAACUUGACAUGGAGGACAUGUGUUGCAUUUUGUGUGCAGCGAAGUAUCAGGCAGGUAAAAUAACAGGGCCUUUGUAAACCAGGAUUAUAAUAAUCUACUGCAAGGGUGAAGAAAGGGAAUUGGAACAGGUUUUAAUUUUCAGUACAGGCGUGCUAAAUAUUUGAAGCAAAUCCACUGUCAUGUGUACAAUUCAUCAGUUGGUUUUCUGAUUUCUCUCUUCUCCCCCCCCCCCCCCCGCAAGUUAUUUAGUUUUGAAUCUGUCAUUAUUUGUCUAAGCACAGCUGACCAAGCAAAACCAUGUUUUAAAGUGGGCUUUAUGUUUUGAUAAAUGUGAUCUGGUUGAAAAGUAUUUUCGACUGAAUGUGGAGCUUAAUAGAACAUGCUGACAUAAUAGUUUUAAUGCAUUUUGUUGAAAAUGUGUGAACAAACAGAAUAGCUUUUGUUCCUUCAUAAUUGGCUGUAAAAGUAGAUGGAAACAUCACCAUUACAUAUGGAAAUGUGGAAGAGAGAAAGGAAUAACAUUUUCGGUCGGCUAUAUUCAGAAUUGGAUUCCCUGGUUUUAAAAUAAGCAUCUAAAAUGGAUGCCUCAUUUGAAAUUAGUUGUCAAAAUACAAUGCUCUAAAUGGAAUGUUUGUCACGAUGGAUCUAUAUAUUUUAUUCUGCAUGAAACAGGGAAAUAACUAAAGCAGUGUAUGCAAAUAGACUGCAUUUAAUAUUUCGCCUUACCUUUUUUUACGCCCAUGAAGCGAAGUACCAAAAUUGCAGCCUUAAUAUGCUAGGAUGUGACAAGAGGCAGGGCGACCAAAUAUUAUUAUUUUAAAAUGGAUUGAUAAUUAUCCUUUCCCAGUAAAAACUUUUGUAGAGGGGUAUCCAUUUUUUUAAAAAAAGAAAAUAAUGCAAAGACUGUAUGGCAUAUUUGCCCCAUAGUAUAUCUUGAAACGAGUUCAUUUACUCUUCUGUAUAAAUGUAGAACUCUAAAGUAUUUGUUGUUUAAGGAAACCGAGUGCAGUUCUUUUUCUCUCUCGGUGGGUCCAAUGGCUGUGUAAACUUGGAUCAGUUUUAACUUGUAAAAGCAAACCCUUCUUCACCCCCCCUUUUUUCCCAGGAACUUUUAAUGUUCGUUUUCUUCUGAGAUUUAAUUUGGAAGUCAUGGAAACUACCUAUUAUCUGAUUUUAGUGUUGCAGCAAAACAGGCAGGGAGGUAAUCCUUGAAUUAAACGAGCUCUCCCCACCCUUCCCUGGCUUUCUAAAUUGACCACACACAAUCUGUACAACCAAAUUCUGUGUCCUCAUGCUGAGAAAACAAUAGGGAACCAUCCUUUCUUUUGAAUAAGAUCAGCUAGUUUGAAGUCAGAGGCUUCUUCUUCUUUUUGUAACGAUUAAUUUACAAAUGGAUCUCAGCGAUAAGAAAAGGGAGCAACCAGUGAUAACAAACAUGAAAUGAAAGGGGGUUCUUCUAAUGAAAGGUUCCGAGUUAUCUGCUAAACAAUUGACAAGAGUUAAAAGCAAAUAGUUUUGAUAUGCACUCAGACAAGGGAGAUUGCAGAGGGUUAUCAACCUUAACAACCCAGAUUGAUUUCUUAUUGUAUAGAAACAUUUUCUCUUAACAGCUCAUCUUCUCCCCCCCCCCUUUGAUGGUUUCUCUCCCCCCCCCUUCCCAGAAAUGUAAAGUUUUUAAUGCUGCUUUUAUAGAUAUGAGGUCAUACUCUGAUCUAAUCUCCAUGGUUGUAAAGUACAAUGACUGCAGGCAGUUGUGGGAUCUUGUAUACUCACAAUGGGGUUACCCAGAGAUUUACACUGGUACCACUGAGGUUAGAAUUGGCAUCAUAAAAGGCAACUUAACACCCCCAUUCUAAGCACAUUUAGUUGGAUGUAAGUCCUAAGCGUUCUUAUGAAGAAGUCGCCACAUUGAAUUCACUGGGGCUUACUUUGGAGUAAGUGUAGAAAUCCGUGCUGGGGACCUGCAGUUCUGGAUGAAGCAAUUGACUAGCAAAUUAAAAAAUGCAUAACAUGUUGAGGGCGACUUAGUGGCUUGUGGAGCUAUAUAGCAGAGUGAAAAGGACUCUGCGGUCUUCAAGUAAGCAUCAUAAGUAGGAUUAGGCAACAAAUGCUUAAUUGUCAAAAUAUGAAUAUUAUUCUUUGACAAGGGAUUUCUCAUUUUUUUUCCAUUUUAUGUGUAACAAAGGCUUUAGUUGCUGUGGGGUGAACUUUGGAAGGGAAAACCAAUGCUUUGUAGGAGGAUCAGAGUUAGCUCUGAGUUAUGCAGGAAUGGGAAAGCUAGCUUGUUUGUUUGUUUCUCGUUCAUGUCAACCUGAAGCUUGGGCGAUAUGUGCUCCCCCACCUCACCCUUCUCUCCCCCCCCCCUUCAUUCUUGUCAGCAACUGAUUGGGACCUUGAACGACUACAAAUUAGUUUAGUGACGGGGUGACUGUCACUGAUAUCUUUGAAUCGGUUGAGGAUGAACAAGGUUGACGGGGAGCUUGAGAGUCUAAUGAGUCCUUCAAAUGCUUGAUUUGCCACUCAGUGGACAACUAGGCAAUAAGCAGUAUGAAACAUUGGAAAUCAAUACCUUGCUAUGGAAUUUCAUUAUGCCCCAAUGUCUUUGGUUCAUACUAUUUUAUCUUUUGAUGGAUUAUCUGGAGGAAAUGAUCAUCUGAGACACAGGUAGCCAUAAAAAGCACCCCUUGUACAGUCUUAAAAAUCAGUCAUGGGCAACCUCUGUGAAGUCACAAUAUUGAUUUUUUUCACAUGUAUGGCCAGUCUUGGUCUGUCUUGGUAGUGGGAGAAAGUGGCAGAUCUCACCAAAACGUCUUGGAGGGAGAAAGAAAGAUGCAAUGCAAGGCCUACAGGCUUCUUCUCUGGUGCUUGAAGCCAUGCACUGUUGCUAGGAAGCGAUAUUUACAGGCUAGGGAAGCGGGACACACAAUCCCUAGAUGGAAAUUUGUAUGCUCUUUCGGUAGCUUCCAGCACCCCAAUUCUGGCACCAGUACUGACUGCCUGAACCUCCCACCUUCCUUUGCAGACCCAGUUUAAGGCUGUUAUGUGCAUGCUGUGUGCAAUAUUCCUUUACUCUACAGUAGCCUGACCUGAUAACAUAAAAACAAGGCUAACAAUGGAGGAAAAAUGGAAUGAAUCAACAAUAUGUUGCGCUGAAUACAAACAUAAUCAGCCACAACAUGCGAAAUGGUGCCCGGUGCACUAAACGGCGCUCUUCGUUUUGGUCGCCUCCAUGUGUGCAAAAGUCAAAUUACAUCUUUUACCCCAUCUCAUCCAGAAAUUUUAUUUCUAGGGAUCAUCUAGAAGGGGCCUGAGAGUUUAGGCCAAAUGUAGUCUACAAGCUGCCCUCCAGAUGGACUGCAACUCCUAUAAUCUUUGACUAUUGACCAUGACAACUGGGACUGAUGGGAGUUGUAGCUCAAAAUAUUUGGAAGGUGCCACAUUGGCUACCCCUGCUUUAAGACCAUGUGGCUGCACAUUGACUUUUUUUUUAAGUCACUCAUGAAAUAGGGAAAGUAACUUAUUUAUCAUGGACAGGUACCAGAAAUAUCAGGGAGAUCUUGGGGACACAAGCAAAGAGUGUAGGAAAGUGAAAGGGUGGUUGAAGACUAAGCAGGAAACCUUUUUGAGAUAGGUGCGCUCUAGCAAAUCUUAACAUCGCCUAUCCUACAGACCAGAUUUGUGUUUCUGCUCAGUUGCUAAUCUUGCUCUUUUUCUUACCCCCCUCCCUUUGCCUUGAUGUUUUAGGAGACACGCAGAAGGGUCAAACAAAUCGAACCACCAAGGCGAAGGAUGCCCACGUCUGUGGCAGAUGCUGUGCUGAGUUCUUUGAACUAUCGGAUCUCCUGCAACACAAGAAGAACUGUAGUAAAAAUCAAUUAGUUUUAAUUGUGAAUGAAAAUCCUGUUUCUCCUUCUGAAGCCUGCCCUCCCAGCUCCCCUACUGAUAAUCCUGACGAGCAGAGGAAUGACACAGUUAAUAACAUGGAUCAAGUAGACCGCAGCAGCCAUCCUGAGCAUAACAACAAACUUGACAAAGAAGAAUCCAUGGACGUGGAGGCUUCCAGCGUUGGUAACGGCACUAGCGGCAGUUCCCAGAGCGCCAGCGAUAGCGUUGUGAGUGGUAACUGCUCCACCAUGGGUACCUCAGCUAUCACAACCUCUCUACCUCAAAUAGGGGACCUGACAACGCUAGGCAACUUCUCGGUCAUCAACAGCAAUGUCAUCAUUGAAAACCUUCAGAGCACGAAAGUGGCGGUCGCCCAGUUCUCGCAGGAAGCGCGGUGCAAUGGCGCCUCGGCUGGCAAGCUGGCCAUCCCUUCCCUCAUGGAGCAACUGUUGGCAUUGCAGCAGCAACAGAUCCACCAGUUGCAGCUGAUUGAACAAAUUCGUCACCAAAUAUUAUUGCUGGCUUCGCAGAACGUGGACCUGCCAACGUCUCCCAGCCCCUCUCAGAGCACGUUACGAACAUCUGCCAACCCCUUGUCCACGUUAAGUUCCCAUUUAUCCCAGCAGCUGGCUGCGGCGGCUGGGUUGGCACAAAGCCUAGCUAGCCAGUCUGCCAGCAUCAGUGGUGUGAAGCAACUGCCCCCUAUACAGCUACCUCAGAGCAAUCCUGGCAACCCGGCAAUUCCAUCCAGUAGCGGCUCAUCUCCAAAUAUUAACCUAUCUGCAGUGGCAAUUACGGCACCAUCCUCUGACAAAGGGGCUACAAAUGCUGGUGGCCCGCAGCUUGGCAGCCCGCCAGUGACGGCGGCGUCCUCACCAGCUUUUGCAAUAAGCAGUUUAUUAAGCCCUGUAUCGAACCCUCUUCUACCUCAACCCACCCCUAGCAACUCUGUGUUCCCCAAUCCUUUGUCCGGUCUUGGAACGCCUGCAGAGGAUUUGAGCUCCUUGGCUGCCCUGGCCCAGCAAAGGAAAAGCAAGCCCCCCAGCCUGGCCACCUUCGAAGCGAAAAGUGCUUCAGAUGAAGCAUUCUUCAAGCAUAAAUGCAGGUUCUGUGCAAAAGUGUUUGGGAGCGACAGUGCCUUGCAGAUCCAUUUGCGUUCUCACACCGGGGAGAGGCCGUUCAAAUGCAACAUCUGUGGAAACCGGUUUUCCACCAAGGGGAACUUAAAAGUCCACUUUCAGCGUCACAAAGAAAAAUACCCUCACAUUCAAAUGAACCCGUACCCUGUGCCAGAGCAUUUGGACAACAUUCCCACAAGCACAGGUAUCCCGUAUGGAAUGUCGAUACCGCCCGAGAAGCCUGUAACAAGCUGGCUGGACAGCAAGCCAGUGUUAUCCACUUUGACGACGUCAGUUGGCCUACCGCUUCCUCCCACAAUUCCGAGCUUGACCCCUUUUAUCAAAACAGAGGAGCCUCAGCCUAUUCCCAUCACUCACCCUUCAUCUAGUCCCCCAUGUUCUGUGAAAAGCGACUCUGGCUCCAUUGAUCCUGCUGGGAAAAACUCCAACGGGCAUUUAGUUGAAGGGGAGGCGGGCCCCUUGCUCUCCUCCAAUGACAAGCCAGAGGAAGGCACCCAGAUGCCCAGCGCCUCUGCUAGUCUUAACAGUUCUGUAACAUCACCGGCAGCAGAUUCAGGUUCCAUCAAUGUGGUCACUUUCACCAAUCCACUGAUGCCUCUCAUGUCGGAGCAAUUUAAGGCCAAGUUUCCAUUUGGGGGGUUGCUGGACGCAACGCCGACCUCUGAGACCUCCAAACUGCAGCAGCUAGUGGAAAAUAUUGACAAAAAGGCAACCGAUCCCAAUGAGUGUGUCAUUUGCCACCGAGUUCUUAGUUGCCAGAGUGCUUUGAAAAUGCACUAUCGCACACAUACUGGUGAAAGGCCCUUUAAGUGCAAAAUCUGUGGCCGCGCCUUUACGACAAAAGGAAAUCUCAAGACCCAUUACAGCGUUCACCGUGCCAUGCCCCCGCUGAGAGUGCAACACUCCUGCCCGAUCUGCCAGAAAAAGUUCACCAAUGCCGUUGUGCUACAGCAGCACAUCCGGAUGCACAUGGGCGGACAGAUACCCAACACACCUGUGACAGAAAACUAUCCCGAGUCGAUGGAAUCUGACACAGGUUCUUUUGAUGAGAAGAACUUUGAUGAUCUGGAUAACUUUUCUGAUGAAAACAUGGAAGACUGUCCUGACAGCAGCGUACCAGAUACCCCGAAAUCCAUUGAUGCAUCUCAAGAUAGUUUAUCAUCUUCCCCAUUGCCACUGGAAAUGUCAAGUAUUGCUGCUUUAGAAAAUCAGAUGAAGAUGAUAAAUGCGGGGCUUGCUGAGCAGCUUCAAGCAAGCUUAAAAUCUGUUGAGAAUGGGUCGGUGGAAGGGGACAUCAUGACGAAUGAUUCGUCAUCCAUUGGUGGCGAUAUGGAAAGCCAAAGUGCUGGGAGUCCUGCUAUUUCAGAGUCUACCUCUUCCAUGCAGGCCUUGUCCCCUUCCAACAGCACGGCUGAAUACCACAAGUCACCGUGCAUCGAAGAGAAACCACCAAAAAUGUUACCGAACGAUUUUGCCAAUGGUUGGCCUCCAGCCCUUGCAAACGGUGGUGCUUUGGAUUUGACGUCUGGCAACCCCGAGAAAAUGAUUAAGGAAGAGUCCUUGAGCAUGCUGUUUCCUUUCCGAGACAGAGGCAAGCUGAAGAACACGGCCUGCGACAUUUGUGGCAAAACGUUUGCAUGUCAGAGUGCCUUGGACAUUCAUUACAGAAGUCAUACCAAAGAGAGACCAUUUAUUUGCACAGUUUGCAAUCGUGGCUUUUCCACAAAGGGUAAUUUGAAGCAGCAUAUGUUGACACAUCAAAUGCGAGAUCUACCAUCACAGCUGUUUGAACCCAAUUCAACCCUUGGCCCCAAUCAGAACUCUUCGUCAGCGAUGCCCGCUAACUCGCUCUCGUCUCUGAUAAAGACGGAGGUUAACGGUUUUGUACACAGCGCUCCUCAGGACAGCAAAGAGAUGUCGCCUGCCCUGGUUCCUUUGGGGCCUCUGCCACCUUCAGCUACAUCGCCAGUCUUGCUUCCAGCUCUCCCCAGAAGAACGCCGAAGCAGCACUACUGCAACACGUGUGGGAAAACCUUCUCGUCCUCCAGCGCUUUGCAGAUCCAUGAAAGGACUCACACCGGAGAGAAGCCUUUUGCCUGCACUAUAUGUGGAAGAGCUUUCACAACAAAAGGCAAUCUUAAGGUACUUCCCUCCCCAACUCUAUAGUCAUAAUAUUCUGUCUUGCUUUUGGCAUCAACUUGCACUUGACAUAUUUGGGCCUGGUUUGUGCAUAACCAUGGUUUAUUCAACAAACCGCAAGUUUUCCCACAGAUGAUCAAAACAAGCCACUUCUUGUUUCUGUUUUCCAACUUCUGACUUAUUCCUUUGUAGUUUGGUUGAGUGUCUUGGGUGGGGUGGUCAAACAAACCAUGGUUAAGGGAAGGGUGCUGGGUUAGCGCAGUAAGGCCAAGCAACAGUUAAAAGAAACCAAAGUUUGUAAGCCACCCAUGAGCCAUGGCUUCAGAUUCAGGUUUGUUGGCAGAACAUGCUGGUUCACACAUGACACUACACCAUGGUUUAAUAAAUUAUGGUCUAGCAUUGUGUGUAAAUUGGGCAUUUGCAUUUCAUGCUGUGCAUCCUGUCUUUUGUCUGCGGUCUUCAGGAGAGUUCCACAUUUUUUACAUGGCAAGCCUAAACCCUUCCUGUACACUGAUACUCCCAUGUAAAUUGUGAAUGGAAUACACUCAUUUUCACAUGUAUGGAAACCUGGGCCAAAUUGUGUUUGGUCUUAGAUGGACCUCUUCAAUCCUUUUAUGGUUCUGUGAUGCGCAUACCCAGCAAUGGUGCUUGCUGCAUGCAAUGGAGGGGCAUUGCCCUCAGAUCACUGAUAAAUAUAAAGGAGCAGGAAGCUCUGUUUUGGGGACUGAUGCUAAGGCAAAAGCUGUGUGGGGUGUCAAUAUGUGUGUAUGACUAUACCAUGCGUUACCCCAUCUACUUAUAAAGAGAAGGAUUGGUUUGCUUUCCCCAGGACUUUCAACUAUGAUUUUUGGGAAAUGGGAAAGGGAGGGGGAAAGCUGCUGCUUCUGCUGAAACUCCAGGUUAGAAAGGUAAUCUGGGUAUUGCUUCCAUCAGUCAGAAGAUAAGGCUCCCAGACCUCAAUAUCCUUCAUCUCUACUGUUUUUGGAUAUGGUAUCAAUGGUGUCAGAUGCCUGGUGGGGCAGAAGGCAGGGAGCCCAACAGGAGAUGGUGCCAGAGCCGAUGAUUGGCAGAGCCAAAUAAUUCUAGUUUUGUCCCCGUCUUCCUCCCUGUUGAGUUUUGUAAGGGCAACACCAAGAUUAAAGAGUAGGAAGGUGACAGGCAGUGUCCCAGAUUGGCCUAGUGGACCAGCCUCCACUGUGCUAUUUAUUUAUUUUAAAAUAUUUAUAGGUUGCCUUUCCAGAUGAAGGCACACAACAGUAUUCUGUGCAGUGAAUUUCUUAAUCUUUUUUCUCAUUUGCCAAAAAUGUUUAUUUCUUUUCUCAUAACCCAAAUUAUUCUCCUACAUUACCCAUGGGAGUGUACCAGUGUUAGAAACUAAGAUAUAUAAUCUAAUCACCAAAUGGCGCCUUAAACCUAGGUUACAAUCACCACAAUGAAUUGUCUAGGUGUCGUUCCCCCCCAUUGAUUUUUUAAAAUCAUUAUUAUUUCAUUUCAUUUGGUUACCUAUUUAUAUUCCAAAGAACAAAUCUCAAUGUGGUUUACAACACAUUAAAACAUCAGAUAAAACAAUGCAGAAUAAAACAAAUACAAGCUUCAAGGAAAAUCUUUCAAAUCCUUCUCUUAGUGACAUUUUGCUUUCCCCCGUCGCCAACCUGGUAUCCAGAGAUCUCCAUCUGGUCGCAAUUGCACCCACAAAACACACCUGGUGCCUGACUAGUUUCUAACACUGGAGUGUGCAUGUGGCUUCUAAGUCAUCACCUAUCCAGGCACUAAUCACCUUAGCUUUAGCAAGAUGAUGGCUUCCUGUGCAUCCACCUCAGGCUGCACCCAGGAAUGUAUUCUCAGUUCCUGGCCAAUUAUUUCCAUGCAUAACAGCUAGAUGCAUAUUUGCAUACAUCUGUGUUAAUCUAAUCACUGUUUUGUGUUUUCAAACUUCACCCCCCCUUUUUGAUGAAUACAGAAUUUUAUAGACUCCCCAAUUAAAGACACUCAAAGUGUACUUUGUAUAUAUACAGCAAAAGAAUCCUCUUGUUACAGUUAAAUUACUCUUUUCGUAAUGUUAAAGCAGAGCACCAUGAAGUCCUAAAUAUGAGCAAGAUCCUAGUUUUGAUUGCAAAUCUAGCUGAUGUUUCUUACUGGCAUGUGUUGAAAAAGCAAAUGUGCUUCAUUUUUAUAACCAGUGCUUUUUUUCUUUUAAAAAAUGUUUAGGGGUACUCCCAUUUUCCUACUCAUAUUGAAAUACUGCCCCUCAGUGAGGCCAAACUUAAAUUCACAAGAUGUUUAGGGGUAUGCGUACCUGUGCGUCCCUCCCCCGGAAAAAGGACUGUAUAUUACACCGGUGAAGCACUUUAAAAUGCGCAUCUCCCCUCCACCCCCUGCAGAUGGUCUUUUCCUCUAGAGAUUUUUUGCAGAGGCGAUACAAAAUGAAUAACUACUUUCAGGGCAUCCGGCCUGCACAUGUUAAGCUCUCCAAUGAGCAAUUAGUGGAGGAUUCUUUCAACCAGUUUAACUGGACAUUUAUAAGGGAAAGGGGUGUCUAAUAAAGUAGUUGGCAUUGUGAUGGCAGUGGGUGGCGAAAAUAGAUCAAACUGUGCAUGGCCACGCUAAACAAAACACAUUUAAUAAAAGCGAGGGGUUGUAAAGUCCAUCUUGUAGGCAGGAGAAACUUAGGCUGUUAGUUGAACCAGAUGAGCUGUCGUUGGUUAUUGAUUAAAAAGAGGAAUUUUAACCUUUUAGCCUUUCGCAUGGCCUUCUAGAAUGGGAAUGGUCAAUGUCUGUAUUCUAGGAAGGGGGGUACACGCACACAUUGCCAUCCAGGCAAUGAUCUGAGGAAUGAAAGUGUAUAUUGCAGCAUAAAGGGCUUCCCUGCAAAGUGGUUAAGCUCCACAGUAGAGCUGGGUGGCGCUCUGUUCUGGCAUCAGAACCCAGGCAUAGCAUGCCCAGCAAACAGGUACUUCAACGGUUCUCUUGCCUCUGAAAUCCCAAAGAAUGAUGUCUCAUUAAAGGUGUGAACUAGCUCUAUUUUUGCACAACUUUCAAUGUUGUUUCCCCAACCCCCUUCCUUGGCAAGUGCAAAGCGUAGGCGGGCUGUUUGAACCUUCCUCUUGGUGUUUGCUUGCUGCCUCUUUUCCCUUCCCACCUUUAUUCAGUCACAGAACUUGAGGGAAAUCUGGUAGAGUUCCUACAUGGUCCAGACACCAACCAGAGCCAAUCCUACAUAACUUCAGCAAGGUGCCUGUGUUAUACGUCCUCAAACUAGGCUUAGGGGAAACUGAGGUGCCAUAGACUGCCCGCAGCCUGCCAGCUGACCAUCUAUCUGCUAUAGAUCAGGGGUGGGGAAUCUCAGACCCAAGGCCCAAAUAUGCCGUGCCACAGGACACCCUCCUUCAGUCAUAUCCCUCCCUCUCAAGCCAUAACCCUCACCAGCAUUGCUUGAUACCACCUUUAGGGGUUGUUUUUUGCUUGGCUAGAAUGUAUCCUUGCUCUCUGAUGAUGCCUCUCACUUGCCUGGAUUGAGGACCAAGAGAGAGAGGUGUGUGUGUAGAAACUUGCCCACUUUGCAAAACUGUGCAUAUAUUUCUAUAUAUCUCCACCCACUUUGGUCUCUGGCUUGUGGCCCCUGGACAGUUGCCUAGAAGGGAAUGUGACCCAUGGGCUCAAAAGCUAUUCCCCACCCCUUCUGUAGACAGCAAGAACCAACAAUGGCGAUGCAGUGUUUUCAGGUAUUUUUGACUGCCGUGAAAAUAACGCCUGCCGCUGCUAACCAGUCUCUCUUUCAGGUUCACAUGGGGACGCACAUGUGGAACAGCACACCUGCCCGGCGAGGCAGACGGCUUUCUGUGGAUGGCCCCAUGACUUUUCUCGGAAGCAACCCUGUAAAGUUCCCAGACAUCUUUCCAAAAGAGUUGGCCAUGAGGUCGGGAAAUGGAGACCCGUCCAGCUUCUGGAAUCAGUACGCCGCGGCUCUCUCCAACGGCUUGGCGAUGAAGACGAAUGAGAUCUCAGUCAUUCAGAACGGUGGCAUCCCUCCAAUUCCUGGCAGCCUGGGCAAUGGGAGCAGCUCCCCGAUUAGCGGCUUGACGGGCAGUCUGGAGAAGCUCCAGAACUCGGAACCUAACGCGCCUCUAGCUGGUCUGGAGAAAAUGGCAGGCAGCGAGAAUGGGACUAAUUUCCGCUUCACGCGCUUUGUGGAAGACGGCAAAGAGAUUGUAACCAAUUAGGACACGUGUUACGAACAUUCCGGCAGAUAUUGCAACCUAAGGUUGUGCAGGUUUUUGUUUUCUUUGGAAGUUGGGGGGGUGGGGGCGAAUUGACAAAGUGACAUUAAAAAAAAGACAUUCUUUUGUACCCUGUUCGACAUCUAGAGUUCUAAAAACAGCUUAUUUAUUAGUGAUAUAACUUUUUUUUUUUUUGCUUUGCAAACACAUGCAAGGAUUAACUUUGGUCUUCUGUAUUUUGAACUAAAUACUAAUUGACUAGAGUGCUGUAACAUUUAUGGCAAUGCAAGUCUGUUCAGCUAGGUGGUCUCGUUCUGGCAUUUAACUUAUUUUCUAUAUCCAGUUUAACAUGAACUUUUUGUGGGGGCGACACAUUGCCUCCGUAAUCCAUUUCUCCCACCCACCCAUCACCCCUCCCCCUCGUAACAAAAAGUCUGUAUAUGUGUAUACUUCGAUCCCGAUGGGAAAAAGAGAUUUAUUGGCAAAUACGUUGUUUAAUUCUCCAAACAGAUUUGCGCACAGGAUUUGAAAAUGGACAAUAUAAAAUUCAACUAUAUGCAUCCUCCACAACAGGCUCGAUUUGUUUUUUUGGUUUUGAAAUUUUUAUUCUAAAAUUAAAACAGCUUUUUUUUUGGUGGGGAGGGUGUGUGCGUUAAGACUUAACUUUCUCCCUCCUUUUUGAAUUGUCCUUCAUACUGUGCUUGAGGUUUUUGGUUUGUUUGUUUUUUUACUGAAGUUGUCUUAGAUGUUAAUAAGUUUCUGUACAGUAAACAAGCAAGCAGAUGAUUAGAAGAGGUCCAAAAAUGUUUUUGGUCGUUUGAAACGUUUUGCCUUGUAGGUAUAUUCACAUAGAGGGAGAGAGAGAGAAUGGGGUGGAAAGUGCUGGACGUUGUGCUGCUAUAAAAAGCAUCUUGAUCAACCUUCCAUGGACAAAUUCAGAUGCUCCUGUAUAUACGAUGAGAAAUCUCGAGUUCAUUAAAAUGUACAUAUGUUCCCCGUGAGCUCAAACCCAACUUCUUGACCGAGAGAACAAGAAUAGUGUUUGUUUUAUUUUGUAUUAGGUCUGGGGGGUGAGCGGGAAGAAUCCUUUGGACUGUUACAUGCACUUUCUUGGAUAACUGAAAGGAAAUAGGUCCAGUUACUUCUAACAUUUAAUACUUAACUAACAGCAGAGAAACUGUAAUUUUACGUGAGUAAUCAAAUACAUUUUUUUUUUCAUCAGAUGACGUUGGUAAUUUUCUGUGUUUGUGUUUAAAAGUGAGGGGCUUUUCUUCCAGAACGGCUCUGGAUGUGGCCCUUUGUGUUGUAUGUUCCUUUUAAGAAAAUAAGGGGAUGUGGUAUAUGACAUUACACACAGAGGUGUACGUGCAAGUAUACUACCCCCCCCAAAAAAAACCCUUCAUGGCCAAUGUUCAGGAAGGAUGAUGGGAGUUGUAGUCUGAGACAGACUCACUUAAGUCUGUUAAUUUCUGUCAGUCUAGUGAAUUUGGUUGGCUAGAACCCACCUUUUUCUAUUUAUCUCUAAUCCCAUUCUGGGACUGGCUUCUCUAUUUUCUUCUCCUUCAAUCCAUCCUUCCCUUGUCUUUCUCUCCUUCCAGUUAAUUCUCUUCCUUCCCUUCCACUUGUAUGGAUCUUCCUUCCAUCGCCUUUCUUGCCUCCUCUCCCUUUUUCCCUUUCCUCCCCUUCAACUUGGUAAGCUGCAACCACCCUCUCCAGCUCCCACCUAUUUGACCCAUAUAUCGGAAGCUGCGAUAGCUGACAUCGGCUCACCCAAAAGCCAUGCAGGUGGGACCACAAAGCUGAGUUCCAUCUGAAAGCAAGCGAAGGCUCCCUAGCAGUCCCCAGUCCCCAGUGAGAAAAACACUGCUCUUGAGUAGGCUUGUAAAUGACUACUUGUGGCUAGUCAGAAUUUCCUUCAGGACAGCCAAAGUUGAUUGGAUUGUUUUUCACCUGGGCAGUCAAUCUGCUACAAAUGACCAAAGCAGGCAUUGUGUUGAAAGGGCUACUAACUUGAAUAGACAUUUUUACAAGGCUUCUCUAGAGCAGAAAGGAGUUUGGAACUUUCCAUAGAGUAUACAAGAACUUUAACAGAUUCUUAGCCUACCUAAGAAUACAUACAUUGAUGUAUUUGAUGGAUGAUUGAAUGACCUCAAUAAGGAUAUCAUCUAAAACCAGUUUGAAGUCCAUAUCGUGAUUCUUGUUUUGUAAUUUUUGACCUGGCAAUAUAUUGCGAAUCAUGAUGUAUGUUAGGGCUGAGCGAUGUCUUUCAACAUUGUGAUAUAUCACCAGUUAAACAUCACAAUAUACCAAUAUAUCAUGAUGUCUGAAAUAAGGAUGUAACUAUGCAGAGGUAAAUGGGGUAAUGUCCUGGAAACUGCUACUACUAGGGGUCUAAAACUGAUACAUUAUUACUUACCUUUAACAUAUCGUUACAACUGUUAUUUUAUAGAACAGAGGAAGAGGGACAGAAGGAAUCAUGAGAGAAGCAAUGACUGGCUUCACGGCUAUUUCCACAUCACACUUUUUUUACAUAGCACACCCAAGCAUCAUGAUUUGCAAUAUAUCGCAGUGUUGAAUAUUAUGAAACAGUUACCACAAUGUGAAUGUCAAACCGAUUUUGGACAACGUAUCAAUACAUUGCCCAGCCCUAGUACGUGUGUGUAUGUGCGCUAUGGAAAAAUCACAAUGCAGGAAGAAACCAUGAAGCCAGCCAAUGGCUCUACAUAGCUCCAUCCUUAUUUCAGACAUUGUGAUAUAUUGGUAUAUUGUGAUAUUUAGCUGGUGAUAUAUCAUGAUGCCGAAAACCAGAUAUCUCCCAGCCCUUGUCCUCAGAUACUGUAUAUUGGGAUCUUCAUGGAGUUAAAAGGCUAUCAGGCGCUACUAGCCAUAAUGGCUAAAUUCUACUUCCACUGUUGGAGGCAGGGUGCUUCUGAAUUCAAGUUGCUGAGGAUCACAAACUGAGAGAAUGCUUCUGUGCUCUGGUCCUAUUUGCAGUCUUCCCAGCAGUAUCAGGUUGGCCACUGUGUGAACAGAAUACUGGACUAGAUAGAUGGGCCUUUGGCCUGAUGUAGCAAGGCUGUUCUUAUGUACACUAUUUGAUUAAAUUACCUUUUUACAUGCUUGCUAAGAGGCUAGUUGCUCGGUCCCUGCUCCUGCCAACCUAGCAGUUCGAAAGCACGAAGUGCAGGUAGAUAAAUAGAUACCGCUCCGGCGGGAAGGUAAACAGCAUUUCUGUGCAUUGCUCUGGUUCACCAGAAGCGGCUUAGUCAUGCUGGCCACAUGACCCGGAAGCUGUAUGCCGGCUCCCUCGGCCAAUAAAGCGAGAUGAGCGCCGCAACCCCAGAGUCUGCCAUGACUGGACCUAAUGGUCAGGGGUCCCUUUACCUUUAUGUAAGAGGCUAGUAAGUUUAAGUUUCUAUGCUGGGCACAGAGAAGUGCACUUUUCUAUGUAGCCAGCAUAGAAAUGCAGGGCACCAGCCUCCUUGCUUAGUACAAAAAAUAAAAAUAAAAAUGCAGACUAGUAACAAUGCUUGUUUUAAUGUGGAAUUCAACAGGUUUCUUUUAAUUUUUUUUAAUGUAAUGUUUUCAUGGGCAUUAACUAUUCUUAUGAGAGUUAUUUUGAAGGUGGACGUUGGGGAGAAUGAUUGGAUAAUGCUGAUAUUUCAAAGUGCCGAUUGGAGAGGACUGCUUCCUUGCUUUUUAUAUAUAUAAAAGAUGCAGGUAGAUCUAUAAUUCUAGUGCACCUGCUUUGGGAAAUGCUUUGCGGGGUGGGGAGAACUAAUAUUGGGAACAGCUCCCAACAUCCCAUCAUGAUCAUUGGCCAUGCUAGCUGAGACUGGUGGGAGUUGUAGUUCAGCGACUUCGGGAGGCCGGGCCAGAUUAGGACCUUGAGAGAUCCUCAGCAUUAAAAAGAUUAUGGUGUCCCCCCCAAUGUAAUUCAAAAUAAGAACAACACUAACCCAUGAAAUAUAUUUUUUAAGUGACGCAAAACUUUACUGUAUACUGAAAUGUACAUUUGUGUCUUGAGCAACACAUGACAGGAUCUGAUGUCCUUGUGGUAUUUCAAUCUAUAUUAUUAGUCUGAGUGCACCCCUUGGUUUAAGUGAGGAUAAGUAAAGAACAGAGAACAGCAAAAUGGAGAAGAGUGUGGAGAGCGUAAGAAAGUCUAAAUUCUGUUUUUCCCCAUGACGACAGCUUGAAGUUUUUGGUUUUUGAAAUACUGAAUUCUUUCAAAAAUGUCUCUUUUUUUUUAAGUGCUCCUGCACUGCUGUGCCCUAAGCUAGGGCUGCCAUACACCCACAGUUUCCCAGACUUACCCAGGAUUCAUCCACUGAAAAUAGCUUCUGGGCAGAAUUUCCAAAAACGGUUAAAAUUUCCAGGAAAAUCUGUGUGUAUGGCAGCCCAUAUGGGAAGUGUUGAUUUUCCAGCGAAUUUCCUAAAAAAUAGCUCACACACACACACACGAGAUUUUGCAAAAAAAAAAAAUGCUUUACAACUUUUGUGUCCUGAUUUUCACUUUUUGAAAUAUGGUAACCCUACCCUAAGCAUAUGCUUAGUCCAGCACUGUCAGCAGGGCAAAGAUUCCCCACAUCUAAUAUUGGCUGUGUUGCCUGCACUAAGGUCCAAGCUAGACAUGUUACGAUUAGCAUGCACACACCACCACCACCAAGCUGCAGUUGUGGGAAGCCUGGGCAGCCACGGGAAGUUGUAACACUUUCUCCCUCUCUCCUCUCCACAGGCUUCACCCAACCCAACCCCAGCCUGCCCAUCCCCCUGAAGCUGCUAUUUGCAUUUAAAGAGGCUUCCACUGAAAUGCAGUGAGUAGCUUUAAUGGAAAGGGAUAUCGGUAUUGGGACCAGUGCUCUCUAACUUGUUUCAAUUUGCAACAAUUUCCAAGUCCGGUUUUUAAUUUCCACUAGACGGCCCUUCUCCCUUUCUAAUUAACAAAGGUACCAAGGAAGCUGCCUUAAUCUGAAUAAGAUGGUUGGUUCAUCCAGCUCAGUGUUGCCCACUUUGACUGGCAGUGGCUCUCCAGGAAUCUUACCUCAGCCCAACCUUGAGAUUGGACCUGGGACCUUCUGCAUGCAAAGUACAGGGUGAGUCCUUUAAAAGAGGCCCGGUCGAUACAGAGUACUCAUGUUCCACGGGGUCUCUUUUAAAAGACUCAAGCUGUAUAUGCUGCAGCUACAACCCUUUCCCAACCCUUAUUCCAGCAUAUUAUUUUAUCAAUCCUUUAACCAGUGGGCAGCUUGACAUCUGCAUGUUUCUU